UUUCGUUCAUUGGUUAAAAUGUAGCGCGUCAUGAACACCCGUUACUUUUUUGUUUGCGUGCCUCAAAACCGACCGUACCACAAAGUUGGGACUAGAGGGGCAUUUCUUUUAAAAUGCCGUUUCAUUCGACUUCAGAAGAAGAAGAAAUGGAGUGUCGUCGCUACACUUUUCAUGGCUAUGUUAACUUUAUUCCAGGAGCGUUUCAUGUAUUGACAAAUAAUCGUUUUGAUGACUAAAUCAUUCAAAGGAUUCUCUCCUAUCCCACCGCGGAAAGUUUUGUUGAUCUUUCUGGGGGACUGGAACAACACCCCCGUUUUACGGACUGUGCAGAGCCUUUUAAAAAGUAAAAGUGUAACUCGUUUUUGCUGUUCAGAUCAGAUUGUUAUAAUUCUUCAGAGAGGGAACGGGCAAAGAAGCAAAUGGACUACUGUACUACACUGUACACGUAAAGCAAGCGCUGUGUUACGAUGGACGAUACGACCACUGUACAUUGUGAACUAAUUUAAGUUAACGUUUACUUGCUAGCCUGCAAGUUAGCCACCGUUCGGUCACCGGUAUGCCAAACAGCUAGCUGGCUGUUGAGAUACUUGUUGCAAGCUUGGUAAACCUUGCCACACGGAUCUCCAAAUCACCAAUUUCAGAUUUCUGGCGUGGCUUGCUUAGGUGGAAAGACUGGCUGCUUUAGAGAGGUAAACGGGUGUAACGUUAGCAACUUAUCAAAGGAUGCUGAUGUGUUCUUGUGAAAAAGUGGACUACAGUAUCACCCCUCGCACCGUCGCCCGACUUGUCUCCGAGGCCGAGCUGGAAAGUCGGAACGGGGGAAAUUCAUCAAAUGUGAGCACGGCCAGUAACUCUCCACGCAGCACCCCCGGCAGCUCCCCCUCCCUGCGCAGGCGCGUGCUGGGGGGGCGUGCCAGCGAGGGCGAGGGCUCCACAGAGAGGGGUGGUGGGGGUGGGGGGAGCGCCGGAGGUGGAGGUGGUGGGGGUGGGGGUGGCGGAGGGUCGGACAGCCCGCAGCCCGCCACCCCAUCAGCAUCCUCCUCCUCCUCCUACCCCAUCUCCACCCGCCACUUCAGCCGCAAUGCCAAGAAAAUGCAGAGCUGGUACAAUGUACUAAGCCCCACGUAUAAGCAAAGAAACGAAGAUUUCCGGAAAAUCUUCAAGAAGCUGCCUGACACGGAGAGGCUCAUUGUCGAUUAUUCCUGCGCUUUGCAGAAGGACAUUCUGCUGCAGGGUCGUCUCUAUUUGUCAGAGAACUGGCUCUGUUUCUAUAGUAACAUCUUCAGAUGGGAGACCACGAUCACCAUCCUGUUGAGGGACGUGACGAGCCUGACCAAGGAGAAGACGGCCAAGCUCAUCCCCAACGCCAUACAGAUCUGCACAGAAAAUGAGAAGCACUUCUUUACCUCCUUCGGGGCUCGCGAUCGCAGCUACAUGAUGGUCUUCCGGCUCUGGCAGAACGCACUCAUGGACAAGACGCUCUCCCCUAAGGAGUUGUGGCACAUAGUGCACCAGUGCUACGGCACGGAGCUGGGGCUGACCAGCGAGGACGAUGACUACGUCUCCCCCACGGCAGAGCACAUCAACGGGCUGCUUCCAGUUGAGGAGCCCGUCCCACCACCAGUGGACCUGCUGGACCUUAGCGCCGCACCUCCUCUCACCCCCACCUCCCCUCUGGCCUGCUCGCCGCCCCCCGCUACUCCUUCAGCCACCUCCCCGUCCCCCACCAGCCCUGCUGCUGCCGCUGCCACCUCCUCCUCCUCGGCCACCAUGCUGGGCUCCUCUCCGCCCUCCUCUGCCUCCGCCUCCGCCUCCGUGGACGUGCCUGGUGUGGUGGGCCGCCUGGGCCCCAGUGGCAGCUUCAGCGGGGAGCCGGAUCCCCCCACCCCCCCUAACUCUCAGAGCUCCUCUCUCGCCUCCGCCACCCCCUCAAUGCUCACCGGGGCUGCAUCUGCAUCUGCCAAUCUGGAGGAGGGCGGGGACUCUCUGUCGGAAUCGGCCAAUAACCUGCUUCCUCCCCUGCCGCCUCACGGGCUGGGCAACCUGUCAUCACUCGACAUGACCAAUGAGGAUGACCUGCCCACAGACCCCAGCAACUCCUCCGACACGCAGGAAGAGAGUGAGAUUGAGGCAUUCUGUGCGGACCUGGCUGGCCGUCGACACAUCAACACGGUGGUGCGCAUGAGCGUGGACAAGCUGCAUGACCUGCUCUUCUCCGCAGACACACACUUCAUACAGCACCUCUUCUCACAACGACACUUCACAGACCUCAGUGUGCGUGACUGGCAGGCGGAUGUGGGAAAUGGCAACACCACGCGCGUGCUCAGCUACACCAUUGCCAUCAACAACCCCCUGGGCCCCAAAACCGCUCCUGUGGUGGAGACACAGACCCUCCAUAAGAGCAGUGCGCGGGGCGAGUGCUAUGUGGUUGACUCUGAGGUCAUCACCUCUGGGAUCCCCUACCAGGACUACUUCUACACAGUGCACCGAUACUGCCUCACCUCCAUCAGCAAGCACAAGAGCCGACUACGGGUCUCGUCGGACAUCUGCUACCGUAAGCAGCCAUGGAGCCUGGUGAAGGCCCUCAUUGAGAAGAACACGUGGAGCGGCAUUGAGGAUUACUACAGGCACAUGGAGACGGAGGUGUGUAAGCUGGAGACGCUGCUGCAGUCGGAGGUUACCGUGGUGACGUCGAGCGAGGCGGCAGCGGCCAUGGCAGGGGUUGGGGUGGGGGCGGCCCUGGGCGACUCGGCCAAGACUCCGCCCUUGCUGCGGCGCCGCAAGCGCAACCUGUCGCGGCGGGCCGGAGAGCGGGACAGAGACUCGGCGGGGGGCCUGGCGGGCGGAGGAGGAGGUGGAGGGCUGGGGGGAGCAGGAGGAGGAGGCGGAGGAGUGCUGCUGGGCGAUCGCUCGGAACGAGGGAUGCUGGCGGAGGAGAGGAGGGAGCGGCGGGAGAUGGGUGGUGUGUUCCUGAAGCUGGGUGAAAGGUCUCGUGGGGUCAGUGGCAAUAAUGGAGGCACCAUCUCCACUGUGCUGCUCAUCGUCAGCUUCAUUCUGGUGGUGCUGGUAGCCCUGAACAUGUUGCUGUUCUACAAGCUGUGGGCGCUGGAGCGGGCGGCCCAUACGCUGGAGACCUGGCACUCCUACUCCCUCACAGACAGUCCUCUUCCCCAGUCUGCGGGUGAGUGGGCGCAGGUGCUGCAGCUCCAGAGGCAGUUCCACCAGGCCCAGCUCAGCAAGUGGCAGCACAUACUGCAGUCCUCAGUCACACUACUAGACCAGAUGAAGCAGUCGCUGGAGAAGCUCCAUCGAGGCAUCGUCACCGAAGAACCAGCCCAAGAGGACCUCCCUGAUGAAGACCCCCCCUCAGACACGCUUCCUGACCACUGACCCCCCCACACACACACACACAUAUAUGCGUGUGAAACUCCAGAAGACCUCAACCAACCACCUCUCCAUCCACCCAUCCAGACCCCUCGUCUGCCUCCCUGCCUCCUCCUCAGCCCGCCAAGCCACAGCUCCCCCUGGGGUCAGGGCAACUGGGCGCACAAAGGGGUCAGUUGUCCUGGACCCAGGGAGAGUGGGCUCAGAAUUAGGCCCUCAGUACAUUGUAUGUAUUUGGGGUGGGGCUUUCGGAUGACUAUGUCCUGGGCGCGGCCAAAGCUGUCAUCGGCCCUGCCUGGAGUGCUGUUGAACCCUGGGAAACAGCACAGAGGGAGGGAGUCAUGGGACAUUGCGGGGUGGUGGUUGGCGGCGCCCAACACUAUGCGCGUAAACAUUGAGGGAACGGGGGUGGGGGGAGAUGGUAGUAUCGGCAAUAUAUGUAUUAACAAACAAUAUAUCAUGGAAAUCCCUUCCUUAUCAAAGCUGAACACAAUGGGGGUAAAAAAAUGAGAGAGAGACUGUAUCCCCCUUCAGAGGGCAACUAUGUACAGUACACUUCUUGUUUUUGGUAAGUGUACCUUAAGCGUGUUCUUCAAGAAGUCCUGCAUUUCAACCCUACAUCAUCCCCCCGCCACGUCCACACGUAAGAGGUCACCAAAUGCGUACAAUUCGCUCUGCUUGAUUGACUUACAGCAAUAACCCUCCAUCUCUGGUGAAGAUGAACACCAUAUCCAACAACCAUAAUAUGAAAACGACAUGUAAAACAAAACAAAAAGACAAGCUGGGCUUGAUCAGUUUUGAGGGGGUGUGGGGGGGACAAACAUUGUGACAAACAUUUCUUCCCUUUUGGUUUUCUGCUUUGUUUUUAUUUUUGAACUGCAAAGCUUCACCUACCUUGGAACGGUUCCCUCCAGUGACUGUGCUGCACCUUGAGCCACUUGUCUCCUUUUACUAGUGCUACAUCCUCCUCUCCCUCCCUCCCUCCCUCCAUCUCUCACUCUCUCACUCGCCAGUUCAGUCCCUCCCCCGUCUCAGGUGCUUCCUGGAGGAAGGCUGCACCCUUCUCAGACGUUAAGACUUCAAGCAGACUUAAAAAGAUGCAGCAGCACCACCACCACUACCCCCCACUCUCGCCAGUGAACUCCCUCACAUCCCCAAAGCCCAACUUAACAUGGAAGCAGCAACCUCUGCAUCUGCACAUCCACUCUUCUUCUCCAAUGCCAAUUCGUUCCUCUGUGUUGGUACCCCGUGCUCCUUUUCUCAAUACAACAAGCAAGCAACCUAGCUAGAGGACUACUUGAAAAGACUGGAGGCAGGGUAUUGACUUGGUAUGGAGAGGUGACCUUGCACUGCUUCCAUGGGAGGGUCAUGGUCCUACCUGCCUGCCUGCCGG